CCUGCCUUUCCCAAGAUGGCGGCGCCCAGGGCAACCGCGCGCGGCGGGGCGGCCCGGGCCUCGGGCUUCCUGGGGCUGCGGCCCGGGGCCCGCGACCCCGCCGACGCCGCCCGGCCUCGCAACCGGGGCAGCCGCAGCCGCAAGAAGGGCUGGAAGCGCUGGCGGGGGCCCGAGGCGGCGCUGGGCCGCGAGCUCGACGCCUUCCUGCACGACGUGUCCGCGCAGCAGCGCCUGGCGGGGGGGCUGGUGGCCGAGAAGCCGGACGAGAGCCUGUUCUUCGUGGACACCGGGAACGAUGAGGAAGCCCCGGAGCCGGCGCCGCGCCGCGGGCGCGAGAAGCCGCUGCGCAUCGACCUCAUCCUGCAGCCCGACUCCAAGGUCCCGGCGCCCAAGGAUAUUUUGUCCCACCAGGUGCCCAACGGGAAGAAGCUGAAGAGGAAGCAGCGGCUGUGGGCGGCGCUGGCCGAGCGGGGCACGGUGCCGCGGGCGCAGCGCCUCCUGCAGGCCCGGCGCCAGGCCGCGCCGCCCCCGGCGCAGCCGCCUGCUGAAAUCGGGCGCGUCGACCCGGCCAGGGGUUUCUAUGACCUCUGGUCAGACUCCAACCCCCUGGACAGCGCCGUGGAGGGGCAGGAGCCCUGGUUUCUGGAGCAGACCAAGAAGCUGAGGGUCAAGCGUCCUGCCAGGCUGUGCAAGAAGCCCUCGACGCUGCCGGCCGUCGAGGUCGUGGCCCCUGGAGCCUCCUACAACCCCAGCUUCCAGGCCCACCAGACACUGCUGCUCCAGGCCCACGAGACGGAGCUGAAGCGGCAGAAGGCCGAGGAGAGGCUGGAGCGGCAGCUGCGCUUCCCCACUGCCGCCGAGGCCCCCACGCAGGAAUCGGCCUUCCAGGAGCAGUGCGAGGGGCUGCUGGAGGAGUCGGGGGAUGAGGGGGGUGAGGAGCUGCCACAGGGGGAGCCCGAAGCCCCAGCCAUCUCCCCGGCUCUGGCCCUGGCCUCAGCCCUGCCACGGGGAAAGAAGACGGAGCAGCAGCGCAAGCGGGAGAAAGAGGCCAAGAAUCUGGCAGCCCAGCAGGCACGGCAGCAGGCAGCGCGGCGUGGGCGCCAGGAGAUCUUCCAGCUCCGCUCCAUCCGGCGCCAGGUGAUGCAGCGCCAGGCCGAACUGCUGCGGCGCCGUCGCCUCCGGCUGCAACGACGCCAGGCCCAGGCCAACGCCCCCCGGCGCCUCGGCCGCCUCCGGUAUGAAGACCCCGACCUGCAGGUGCAGCUGAGCGAGGAGCUGCCCGAGUCCCUGCGGGUGCUGAAGCCUGAAGGCAGCCUCCUGCGUGACCGCUUCAAGAGCCUGCAGAAGAGGAACCUCAUCGAGCCCCGAGAGAGAGCCAAGUUCAAGAGGAAAUACCGGCUCAAGUACGUGGAGAAGCGCGCCUUCCGCGAAGUCACGUUGUAGCCGCCCCCCAAUAAAGCUCCCUUGCCCCCUG